CCUGCCGGUUGGUAAACUAAUAGAAGAAGAGAAAGCGCAAGAAGCCAUUGCGGUGUCGUGGCUCAGUUAACAAAACAGGGAGGGAAAAAAAAGGAGACAGGUGACCGAGGGCGAGCUGGCUGUCAGCGGAAUCUCUCUAUUUUUUUCCGCGAGCCACAUUCACAUGAGCAGACGAGCCAAUACACUCGGCAACCGAUUCCACGCUUGAAUAACGAGAUUAAAGAGCUCUGGAUAUGUCAUUCAUAUUUGACUGGAUUUAUAGUGGGUUCAAUAGCGUACUACAGUUUUUAGGACUGUACAAGAAGUCGGGCAAACUCGUGUUCCUCGGCCUGGACAAUGCCGGCAAAACCACGCUACUGCACAUGCUCAAAGAUGACAGACUGGGACAGCAUGUCCCCACUUUACAUCCCACCUCAGAAGAGCUGACGAUCGCCGGCAUGACAUUCACCACUUUUGACCUUGGAGGCCACGCACAAGCCCGCCGAGUGUGGAAACACUACCUCCCCGCCAUAAACGGCAUCGUCUUUCUCGUGGACUGUGCGGACAGCCUCAGAUUGGCGGAAUCCAAAGCAGAGCUUGACGGGUUAAUGACGGACGAGACCAUCGGAAACGUGCCCAUCCUCAUCCUGGGCAACAAGAUCGACCGACCGGAGGCCAUCAGCGAGGAGCGGCUGAGGGAAAUAUUUGGGUUGUACGGACAGACGACAGGCAAGGGCACCGUCCCCCUGAAGGAGCUGAACACAAGACCACUGGAGGUGUUCAUGUGCAGCGUGCUCAAGCGCCAAGGCUACGGCGAGGGAUUCCGUUGGCUCUCCCAGUACAUCGACUGAAAACGGCGCCGCCCUCGCUGCGGCAGCAACAACAACGACAAAACAGCAGGAGAAACAGCGGGCUUGCCGACCCAACACCAAGACGACGACGACAACAACAACUCGAUCCCAAUAGACUUUUAUUGGUUCUUUGGGUUCUGCACUUACAAACGCGCACACACACACACAUAUACACACUCACACGUUUGUCCCUCUGUCAUAGCUCAAAAUGGACGAGUCUUUUUCAUUUUUUGGGGGUGGGGGUGGGUUUACACCGGCGUCCAUUCGGGAGCUUCGACGACGCCCCCGUCAUUCUAUCCGUGGCAUUUCUAUUCAAUCAU